AUGGGCCAACGGUUAUUGCACUUGCUCUGCAACAUCGAAGUCAUUCCCACCGACCACCGACCACCGAAACCCACCACCAUGGCGCCAGGUCAGAAGCUGUAUCCGAGGGCGACGGUCAAGAAGAUCGUCAAGGCGCAUUCAAAGUGCAACGUCAGCAAGAAUGCCGACGUCCUGAUUUUCCUCGACUACGCUCUGUUUAUGCAAACGCUCGUGAAAGAGGCCGCAAUCGAUUCCAAACAGGCCGGUGAGAGGGGGAUCAGUGCGAAGAGCAUCAAGAAAGUGACAGCGGACGCCCUCGCCAAAUUCAAGGGAUGA